AUGGUAAGUGCAAUGGAUGAUCAGUUAGCUGACUGUCGCGAGGUCUUCUGCUAUUUUGAUAGUAGAGGAGAUGAGAAGAUAAGCGUACAACAGCGGAGAAAGUUAUUAAAGGGAUAUCGAUGGGAUGAUUUUCCUACCCUGCCUCUACUAUUUGCAAUAUCCUACUCCUUGAUUCAGUGUGCUGUUUUCAGGGAAAAGCACACUGUUGAAGAGUUUGUUGAAGGCCUUUCACAUUUCGACAAAGAGGGCAAUGGUUUGAUCAAUGUAGCGGAAUUGCGCCAUCUGCUUACUACUUUGGGUGAACGACUUACUGAUGAAGAAGUCGAUCAGCUUCUAGCGGGACAUAACGACUCUCACGGCAAUGUGAAUAUUGCCGAUUUUCAGUGUAAGGCGAUGUCUGGACCUGGUGGAUCUGGUGUAGGUGGUGAUACCUCCAGUUAUGUAGAUGAUGCUGACGGUGGUGAUGGCACCUCUAUGGAAGCGAGCCGUGAUAUAGCUCAUGUGAAAGCUAUCUUGGAAGAGGCCGGAGUAACCGAUUACGAUCCGCGUGUAGUACACCUCCUCCUUGAUAGGGUUUUUAUAUGUAUCAGAUAUGGCGCCACUGGACAAGAAUUCUAUACAGGAAUGGGUAAAGACGCAUUAGGUUUUCUGAACGAUGGCAACACUAGCAGAGAUUAUGUUCUCAAAAUAGCCGCCGAGCGAAAUUCACAACCGCUGCCGCAGAUUCGCCAUAAUUUCGGCCUGAAGCUUCCUAAUGACCGGUUUUGUCUUCUGCAGCCGAAUGUCGAAUGGCGCGGUUCUGAUCGGUCUACCGCAGAUCUGUUAUCGAACAACACAUCACUAACUGUGGGUCAACCACCUGCUUCAUCGGCCUAUGUGGAUGAUAGUCUUCAACAACUGCGUCCUGAGCACGUCACCAAUAUACUGAAAAGAUCAGCCGACGACGAUUUUGAUGUUUGA